UACUGGCAAGUUAUCUGCGCAUACAUAACGCAAUACGUAUAAAAUGCAGCCUUCGUUUAUAUUUGGAAUCUAGCGUCCACAAAUAUUUUAUACCAUUUAUUCCAUUUGACAAUGUCGUAAUUGUAUUACACUUCGAUAAUGUUAAAUAAGAAAAUCAUUUAGUCCAGGAGAACAGCGAGUGAAAGUACUCGAUGAGAAAUGAAAGAUUCGCGUCUCUGUCAUUGAGCCGAGAAGGACGAUAUUUCGCGUGAUAAAAACUACGUUAUAUUUAAUCUCUUCGGAUUGUCUCUCAGAUUUGAUAGGCCGCUCUCAUAUAAGAGAGCCAUGUUUUCAACGAGAAAGUAGUCCGUUCGACUAAGGCUACCAUGAAGAUCUUCCUUAUAAUAGGUUUUUUAAUCGCCGCCGCCGCGGCUGAGUUUUCGAUCUCGGACAGGCCUCCGACUUCGGUCAGAGUCAAUUUAAACAACUUUUUAGACCGUGCCAUACCGCAUGUAGCGAAAUUUAUGAUUGACCAUCAACUCGAUCCCAUGAAGGUCCCCGAUAUCAUUGAUUUGGUCAAAAUCAGACGCGGCCCAAUUACGUACAAGGGAUAUUUGCAUUUAUCAUCGGGGUUGAUGAGAAAUUUGACGAAUUUUGUGCGUCACAACGAUGUUACGGCUACCUACAGAAACAAGGUCCUGAAAGUCGACAUCGGAACCAAUCACGAAGCCCUCGACGUUUACUUCAAGUAUGUCCUUAGUAUCCUUGGUAUUCCAUAUUCCGGGACGGCGACGGCUGUUGGAAAAUCUUUGGUGCUGCGAGUCAAAGUAAGAUUCGAUAUCCUCAACUACAGAUUGACCCUGGAAAGUCUGAAAGCCGAAAGUAUUGGGCCUGUACGAGUCAGUCUGAAAGACAACGUCCUCGUCGACUGGCUGGUCACUCCUAUCGUUAACAUCUUCCUUCCACUUUUCAAAAGGACGAUCAUCGUAAACGUUGAGAAACAAGGCACCGCAGCUAUCGAAUCCACGUUCCGUGAGAUAAAUGCGAUUCUCGCCCGACGACCAAGAUGACUUGUCCUUGCGGCUCGACAAAGACUAACUUUCGUAACAUCGGAUAAGACGGAUAAUAUCCUUUAUGCUUUACCCGAGUGGCGUUCCAUGCGUUAAGAUACUAUCCGGGAGGAUUAUUCGAUAUCGGGAAAUGCUCGCAGGUGAUUGUCCGAUGUAAACAUCGUCGAUCCGACCUGCGGUCUCCGGGUCCGAUCGAAUAAAAUGAUUUCUUCCUCGGCUUA